AUGGAGAAAGGGGCGAGGCCGAAAGCGCGAAGGAAAAGAUGGAAAAAAGAAAACGGGGAUGGGGAGGGGAUCGCUGCUAGCAAAGUAAAAAGCAGCAACGAAAAAUUGCUAGAAGGUGAAGAAACCAGGUUCAGUACAUUUUCUGGCAGCAUCACUGGCCCUCUCUACACACACAGACAGCCUUCAGUCACAAUAUCCAGUAAAAUACAGAAAACAAAAGUAGAGGCUCCCAAGCUGAAAGUGCAGCACAAAUUUGUAGAGGAGAUCAUUGAAGAGACCAAGGUAGAAGAUGAGAAGUCAGAAAUGGAGGAUGCCUUGGCAGCAAUUGAGGCAGAACUGGCUUCUAGUGCCAUGAAAGAGGAAGAGGAAAAGGAGGAAGAAGAGGAGGCUGCUGGAGAGGAAGAAAUUGUGGCCACCCAAAAAGCUGCUGUGAAAGCUACUGCCCCAGAAGCUGAGGAAGGUGAGGAAGAAGAGGGUGAAGGAGAAGAGGAGGAGGAAGAAGAAGAUGAAGGUGCUAAGUCAGACCAGGCAGAGGAAGGAGGAUCUGAAAAGGAAGGCUCUAGUGAGAAGGAUGAGGGUGAACAAGAAGAGGAAGAAACUGAAGCUGAGGGUGAAGAAUUAGAGGCGAAGGAGGAAAAAACAGAAAUUAAGACAAAGGAAGAAGUUAUCAUCAAGGAGCUUGUGGUAGAAUCUACAUCAGUGAAAACUGAGAAAGCCAAGUCUCCUGCAGCCCUUUCCCCACCACUUAAGUCACCCGUAGCUAAGUCUCCUGCAGCCCUGUCCCCCCCAGCAAAGUCCCCCACAGCCAAGUCCCCUGCAGCCCUGUCUCCUCCAGCCAAGUCCCCUACAUCCAAGACACCUGCAGCCCUGUCUCCCCCAGCAAAAUCCCCCACAGCAAAAUCUCCUGCAGCCCUAUCUCCCCCAGCAAAGUCCCCAACAACAAAAUCCCCAGUGGCUCUGUCCCCUACAGCCAAAUCUCCCAUGCCAAAGUCUCCUAUGCCAAAAUCACCAAUGCCAAAAUCUCCUGUGGAGGAAGUGAAAGCAAAAGCAGAUGAAGAUGAAAAGGAAGAAGUCACAGUGUCUGAGGGAGAGAAGGAGGUCCCCAAAGAAGAGAAAAAGGAAGAAAGCCCAAAAGAGGUCCCUGAAAAGAAGAAAGCUGCCUCCCCUGCCGAGGAGGUGGACACUGUCUCCAAGUCCACUAAGGUUGGUGCUGAGAAAGAGGCUGAAGAGGAGGAGGGAGGGAGUGAGGAAGGAAGUGACCAGGGCUCAAAGGGAUCCAUGAAGGAAGACAUAGCCAUCAAUGGGGAGGUGGAAGGUAAAGAAGAGGAGGAGGAAGAACAGGAGACCAAAGAUAAAGGAAGUGGAAGAGAAGAGGAGAAAGGAGUGGUCACCAAUGGGCUUGACUUGAGCCCAGCAGAUGAAAAAAAAGAGGGAGGAGAUAAGAGCGAUGAGAAAAUUGUGGUGACCAAAAAGAUAGAGAAAAUCACCAGUGAGGGUGGGGACGGGGCUACCAAAUAUAUUACCAAAUCUGUCACCGUGACCCAAAAGGUAGAGGAGCAUGAAGAAACCUUUGAGGAGAAACUAGUAUCCACAAAAAAGGUAGAGAAGGUGACCUCUCAUGCCAUAGUCAAAGAAGUCACCCAAAGUGAUUAA